CUCCAUGCAAGGACUCAUCCCAUGUCUGAGCACUAUAUAAGGUCUGCUCCUGCUCCAGUUGUCAGUCUCUUCAAGAACUCUACCAGACCUCCAUCAUGAAGUUUGUUGCUCUUGCUGUCACCUUGUUGCUGGCCAUUGGCUCUCAGGCUGCUUCCCUGCAGGCUGACGCACCCAGUCCCCUGGCCCAUGCCCGGGCUGCUAUGGACAUCUCUCUGACAAAAAUAAAAGAGAGUGCCCAAAGGGCCCUUGACCAGCUUGAUGAUACCGAGUUCAAAGACUUUAAAGUUCUACUCAGUACACGCCUGGAUGAAUUGCACACUCAGCUAAAAACUCUGCAGGAUUCCGUUUCUCCCUUGACCGACAGUGUGGCUAUUACAGCCAGUGAAGCUACACAGCAAUUCCGCGAUGGUGUCCAGGCGGAUUUAAAAGCCUUGAAAGAGGAACUUGAGCCCAAAAGAGAAAAACUGCAGGAGGUCAUUGAAAAACACAUUGCAGAGUACCAUAUGCUUCUCGAUCCUGUGUUCAAAGAUUAUCAGGUGACGCACAACGCUCAAAUGGAGGCUCUGAAAAACAAGCUAGAGCCCCUUAUGGAAACACUACAAACCAAAGUGUCUACCAAUGUUGAGGAGACCAAGGAGGCUCUCAUCCCCAUUAUCGAGUCUGUGCGUGACAAGUUUAAUGAACGUCUGCAGGCUCUGAAAGAUAAGGUAAAACCCUAUGUGGAUGACUAUAAAGACCAGAUGACGCAGGUGUACGACCAAGUAAAAGCCGUCAAAUCAGAUGACGUCACUGCCCUGAAAGAGAAGAUUACCCCUUUAGUUGAUGAGAUCAGGGUGAAAAUCCAAAUGAUCUUCGAGACCCUCUUUGCAGCCUUCAACAAGAGCUAAAUUCUGACGAGCUAUCUGUCAGUUAUCGACCAAUAUCCACUAUUCAUACCUAUUUUCUUCACAUGCAAGUACAUACAGUAUCAACCCUCCAAAAUGAAGCCUGUGCCGAAUUGAUGCACCUACUAGCAACAAAAUGGCUGGACUCGUUCUUUCUUUCUCUCGUGUGAACACAUUUCUUCAUAUGCUCAUGGUCAAGCAUGACAUUCAGGAAUACAUACACACCUCGCACAUGCAUGCUUUUGUUGUCACAGACCUAGGCCAGUUACUGACCUUUUUUGUGUAUUCAUUUUAACUGGAUUAUCACAAGCGCCUCUGUGAUGAUGCUUGUCUCAUGAAAAUUGCUUUGGCAAGACAGCUGAAUAAACAUCUUACUGUUUAUUAAACCA